AUGUCUACAGACGACCUCAAGGCGCACGCUGCGUCCAACCAGGAUUUCUAUGCUUUGUUAGAUCUCUCGCCGUCCGCAACAGAUUCCGAGAUCCGCCGCGGUUACCGCAAAACAGCACUGAAAUACCACCCCGAUAAAAUCGCAAACCCAACACCAGCAGAUAUCGACAAGUUCCACCUGCUCCAAAUCGCGAACGAUGUUCUUUCAGAUGCCUCAAUCCGGCAACUCUAUGAUAAUGCGCGUGAGGCACGACUGCGCAAGCAGCGCGAGCGCGAGCAAAUGGGCGCCGCGAAGCGUAAGAUGCGCGAGGACCUUGAAGCUGCCGAACGGGCUGGCGCUGCUGCUGCUGCGGGUCAAAGGGGUGUGAAGAGAUCAUGGGCAUCUGCUGAUGAUGACGCCGAGGUCAAACUACAACGGGAAAUUGAGCGGAUUGCGGAGGAUGGGCGACGGCGUCGUCGUGAGGCUGGGGAUAAACUGAAGCGUGAGCUUGAGGAGGAGGAGCAGAUGGCACAGGCGGAGGAGGAAGAGGCUCGCAAGGUAGCGGACCGUGGCUCUCAGCGCGUCGAUCGCUCCCAGGAUGGUGGCGCCAAUGUUCCUGAGCUCGAUCGUACAAUCAAGGUGCGCUGGGAGCGCGAAGCGCUCGAUCUCGAUUCGGACCGGUUGAAAGCCCUUUUUGGAUCAUUUGGAAAGGUGGAGGGAACUUUCAUGCUCAAGGACAAGAGGAAGCGUGUUGAAGGGAAACGUGAGAAAGUUACUCUUGCAACCGGCGCGGUCGUUUUUGAAUCCAUCGUGGGCGCGCACGCAGCUGUCGUGGACAGCGAAAAGAAGCUUCGCCAAUCUGGCGUCCCAGAUGGGGAUUGGGCUCAUAUCGAGUCUGUCGAGUGGGCUUCUGGUACCCCUCCAGAUUUUAACCCCGGCGACCCUGCUCCGUCUGCCACGCAAGAUACCAAGGCAUCCGAGCGGCCAGCAAAGCCUUCUUUCAGCUUCCCUGGCGUCAAUUCAGGAGCCCCUAAGUCUGGCAAGACUCCCUCAUUUGGCUCCUUCGCGUCUGCGGCGACAUCUGGUAAAGGAAUGCCCAGCUUCCAAGAAACUGUGAUGAUGCGCCUGAAGAAUGCACAGCGUGAGAAGGAGCGCAAAUCUCUUGAAGAAGAUCUCGUCAAAGAAGAUGAGGCAGCAGAUGCCAAUGGAUCUAAGUAG